AUGGAACAACAUCGUGCCUAUCUCAAGGCGUUGGAGGGCGAUCGGCGCAAUCACAAGGAGGAUGGUGCGUCUUCGUCCGGAUCCUCUUCCCUUUCGACAUCGGAGGCGGGUGCUGUAGGCACCACCACAAACCGUGUCAAACGGGCCCAUGAUGGUGAACGUCGACCUAGUGAGCGGAGAAAGCGCGUACGUGGGGAGACGCAUGAUGGAGGCGGUCAUAUCAGUGGUGUGCCGCCUGACAGGGUGCAAACUGCCAGCGACGUAGGGCGGGAAUGCCAUAACUUAAGUGCGUGGUUUCGGUCACGGCGAACUUUCCCGUUGGAGUCGACUCUGCCGACGCCGAGCUACAUGGAGAUGGCAGCACCCCCGCCGUUAUACACAGGUGGGUACCAUCUUUGUUCGGUUUGUCUUCUGCCCGCGAGCUACAAGUGUGUGCGGUGUCGCAGAGCGCUCUUCUGCUCCAUUGGGUGCCACGUGACACACGAUGCAACACGGUGCAUGAAGUUUAUUGUCUAA